UGUGGUUACUGGUUUGUCACUUUUGUCAGUUUGUCAUAUUGAUUAAUCACAAGUUCACAACGAGUGCGGAUUGACAUUUCAUUCGUGAAAUUUCGAGAUUAAUACCAUAACUUUUAUCAAAAAAUAUACAAACAUGCCGAAGUAUUAUUGUUAUUACUGUGAUACUUAUUUGACGCACGAUUCUCCAAGCGUAAGAAAGACACAUUGUACUGGAAGAAAACAUAAGGAUAACGUAAAGUUUUACUAUCAAAAAUGGAUGGAAGAACAAGCACAACACCUUAUUGAUGCCACUACAGCGGCGUUUAAAGCAGGAAAAAUUGCACAAAAUCCAUUUGGUAAUAAAGGCGCAGCUAUUCCACCCCCUUGGGAUCCUUCUGUUAUGGGACCAGGAGGUCCGAGACCGCCAGUACCUGCAACCGGUGGUCCGCCCGGUAUGAUACCACCUCCAACGAUGGGCCCUGGUGGGCCUAUGGCGCCCCCUAUGAUGAUGGGACCGCAUGGCCCUAUGCCACCAAUGAUGGGUAUGAGACCUCCAAUGAUGGGACCACUUAUGGGGCCAAUGGGCCCUAUGGGUCCUAUGGGUCAAAUGCGACCACCAUUAAUGAAUGGACCUCCUAUGAAUAAAUAACAAGAAAUAUAAAAACUGGUAGUGAGAGAAUGCAGGAAAGGACUUUUAUAGGUUAAAUAUUUUGUAAAGUGUAAUCAAUUGAUUAUAACAAAUUAAUAAAGUAUUUUUAAGAAUUAAA